CUCAUCAUCAUCAUCAUUUUUGUCUUGUCCACCUGGCUCUCUUUCUGCUACAAGCUACAACUUUCGCACAACUUGAAAACUCCAUAAUGGGAUUGAGUCUCUAAUCAGCGGCCAUCGUCCACGUGUCGGUCAACCAUCUUAUCGAAGGUGUUGGCCAUGGCGGUCCAUUCAACCCCUGUUCGCUUCAUGUUGAACGAGCGCGAAGUCGCGCUAUUGCGCAAAUGUCUAUCUCUGAAAUCAUCCAAAUCAGAUUCUGCCACCAUUGCCGAAAAAUCAAAUCCAAACUCCAACGCGCCUCUACUACGAGAACGGGAUGAUCACAAUGCAGCGGCGUUUCGCUCUGCCACGCGUGUUUUCCUGCUCACGUUCGGGUCCCUUCGUGGGGUCGACGCACUCCUAGGAUAUCUAUCGGCUCGUCAGUCCCCGACGGCCACCCGCUCGAGGAAACCACUCGUCGCGUCCAAGUUCAAACUGGCCCUGUCGUUAUCGUCACUUCUCUACCUGCAUUCGAUGUUGUAUCGCAUCUUGUCCCGCCUAAGGCUCCGACUGUUGCACGAAAAGGUGCGAAACAUCGGCGAGCGGUACCCGAGAAUAUACGCGGCGCUCACCUCACGCAUCGCCCCGGCGGUCGGAGCGAGCCUGUCGGGCCUCGCGCUGGGCAUCUGUCCCGCCGACCAACUGCGCAUCUCUCUGGUGAUAUACGUAGCCUGUAGGGCCUUGGAGAUUGGCUACGCCGCCAUCGAACACACGAAACUGGUCAGGACCUACAAGCCGAGCUGGAUGGGGAGCUGGCUUCUCUUUUCCCUUUCCCAGGGUCAACUGCUUCACGCUUUUGUGUUUGAUCGGGACUGUUUCCCUCCCGCGUACGGGUCUUUCAUUCUCGGGUACACGCCGGAGUACAUUCAGCGACGACCGGCGAGCCUGUCGCCCAAGGUGGCAUGGCCUUCCUCGGACGACAUCGCCGACGCGUUGGCUCAGAUGGCGAGACUAAAAUGGCCCGCGUUUACUUCGCCCAUUCUGAACCCGAACAGGGCCAACACCCUGCCUCCCGGGAUCGAUCCCAUCAUCUCACCCAUCACUUCUUGUGCGCAUCCGGCCAUCUCGAAGUUGUCGUGUGCGCUGAUCCACCCGUCCGAUCCGUCCUGUUUCCUGGCCUAUCUGCGUCAGAACCUGCUCGCUUUCCCCAAGCUGGCGCGCUUUUACGCCAUGUACUACGGAGCAUUUUCGCUGCUUCACGUCAAGAAGAUGAUCCAUGAUCCCGUCGCGUCACUCAACAGGCUCUCGGAGUCCAUCCUGCGCUCAACGUUGGCUAUUUCGGGAUCCAUCGGUGUCGCGUGGGGCAGCAUCUGUCUGUUCCAGGCACUCUUGCCUCGUGCCGUGGUGCCCAAAUUUCGGUUCUUCCUGGGUGGGUUUUUGGGGGGCAUGUUUCAGCUAUUCGAUCGCACUCCGGCUGGACACAUGGCGUCGCUGUACACGGCGAGAACGAGCGUCGAUUCGCUCUGGAAGGUCGGGGUCAAGCACAGGUGGUGGAAGGGAAUUCGCGGGGGCGACGUUUGGUUGUUUGUUGCCGCGUUGGGCUUGGUCAAUGUCGUAUACGAUCUGGGCAAGGAUACCGCUGCAGGCAAAGACUCGGCGAUGACGCUGAUCAAGAUUCUUCGUGGUGAGAUUGAAGUUGGACUUCCGCAGAAGAAGAAGGAGGAAGAGGAGGAGGAAGAAGUCAAAAAGGUCGAGGGUGUAAAGAGCGAAGAGGUACAAACUGACGAUGUGAAGAAUGAAGAAGUACAGACUCAGGAGGUCGUGCUGUGAUGAUUUACAUCAAGAAUUCUUCAGGAGCAGAGGCCGCUGGGGCCACAAAGGUGCCACGUAUCGUCGUUGCGUUGAUGAGGUCUACAAGGUUCAAUCGUGAAUAGAGAGAACAUUUUGAGGUUAUAUACGAAGUCACAAAUUAUCUCG